UUGUUCAGGUGCUGAUUUGAAAGAACGCGCUAAAAUGAAUCCUGUCCAGGUAACACAGUUCUUGUAUAAUUUAAGGAAAACAUUUAGAGACUUAGAGACUUUACCUAUUCCAACAAUUGCUGCUAUAGAUGGUCCUGCAUUUGGUGGUGGUCUUGAAAUGGCUUUAUCUUGUGAUAUUCGUAUAGCAGGUCCUAAUGCAAAAAUGGGUUUAACUGAAACUAAAUUAGCUAUCAUACCUGGCGCUGGAGGAACACAAAGAUUACCUCGAUUGAUUGGUAUUCCUAAAGCGAAAGAAUUGAUAUUUACAGGCGAAAUAAUGGACUCCAAUAAGGCAAAAGAAUAUGGUAUUAUUAAUCAUGUUGAUCCAGUCAGUUCUUUUGAAAAAUCUAUGGAAAUUGCAAAAGCAAUUUUACCUCAAGGUCCUGUUGCAAUUCGUAUGGCUAAAUUAGCUAUUGAUAAGGGAUCACAUUUAGACAUUGAUUCUGGUUUAGAUAUUGAACAAUCUUACUACAAUCAAGUUAUUCCUACCGAAGAUAGAUUAGAAGGCCUUAGAGCUUUCAAAGAAAAAAGAAAGCCUGUUUAUAAAGGAUGUUAGAAAAAAAAAAAAGAAGAGUUUACAUUUGAUAUACAGUUAGAUCAUGAGUAUGUUUUUUUUUCUUAAUAAAAGCUUUCGAUGCAAUAAUGACAAUUAAAAA